AUGGAGUCUCCAACGCGUCCCGUACUUAGCCCCGCAAAGGUCCUUCACCCGGUCUCGCCGGAACGCAUGAAUCAACAGACAAUUCCCGCCUCUCCUUCACUGCCCUCAGAUUUAUUGUCUAUUCACCAUAAAAAUACUAAGGGGGUCUCCGAAGUGCAAGCCAAAGUGGCAUUCUUGAACAGUCUUUCGCGUCAGGGUAGCCCCAGCGCCGGUCAAGCUGCCGCAAAUCAUGCCGCCCUUCAAAGAGCAAUCAUCGGCCGUGAGGAGGCAGAGUCUGCCCUGAGCUCAGUACAAGAAGAGCUUGCCGAAGCACAAUCAAGAGAACGCCGAAUUAGCGAACGACUGGAAUCAUUGUUGGAAGAAUUACACGGCACCAAAGAACGCCAAGCCCAAGAACGGUCGAUCUUCGAGAAAGAAAUUCGCAAAGCCCGCAAAGAGGCCUUCCGUGCGGGAUCAAAUCUGGUCAAACUACAAGAAGAAUUGAAGCACUCCAAAUCUGAAUCUAAGGCUAUCGAAAAGGAACUUGCAGCAGAGCGGGAUGCCAAGAACAAGGCGAAGCAAGAGGCAUUCGAACGUGCAUACGCUCUUGCCGGUCUAACCGAAGAACUGGAAAUUCUCAAGGGCCAGCUUCGGUCCAUGGAGGCAUCCAACCACUCAAGCACAUUAGAAGUCCGCGCCCACGAGAUUCGGAGGGAAGACUUCGGCAGAUUGUCCCUGGCAGAGGGCGAUCUCGCCUUUCUGACCACCCCGCGACGACCAAAGCGCGUGGCACCAGACUCCGCCCGAUCUCAGAUGUCCGAGAUGGAAUCCGGCGAUGCGGCCGAAGCCACCCCUCCCAAGAAACUGCGACUUUCCGAAUGCACAACUCCCAUCGAGGUUGAGCAAACAAUCACUACCACCACGUCUCUAUCACACCUUGAUCCCGAAGCCUUGGACAACCUGAAGGAAGAGCUUGACCGUGAGCGUCGCCGGAGAGCCGAGGCUGAAGAAAUGGUCCAUUUUAUGAACAUCGAAUGUCAGUUUGAGCGAUGCUCUUGCCGGCUUGCGGAAAGUCAGGGUCGCCGUUACAUUUACGACGAAGAAUACUUUGAAAGGUUUCAGAAGCCACAGCUAGAGGCCGAGACUAAAGCAGCGCAAGAAGCCCGCGACGAACAGCAACGCCAAGCGGCAGAGCAGGCACGUGCUGAAGAGCUGGCGCGGGCUGAACAGCAAGCGCUUGCGGAGGAGCAAGCUCGCCUUGAGCAGCAAGCCCGUGCCGAGGAGCGGGCUCGCUUUGAGCAACAGGUCCGCGUUGAGGAGCGGGCCCGCGCCAUCCAACAGGCUCGUCUGGAAGAACAGGCUCGUUCUGAACAACGAGCUCUUGAAGAGCAAGCUCGUGCUGAACAGCGAGUUGUCGAAGAGCAGGCUCGUGCCGAGCAACAAGCUCGCAUUGAACAGCAGCUUGUUGAGGAGCAAGCUCGCGCUGAAAGAGCCCGUGAGCGCCAGCAGCAAGCCCUUGAAGAGCGGGCACGUGCUGAGCAACAAGCUCAUGUGGAAGAGCAGGCCCGCCUCAAACACCAACAGCAAAUCUACAUUCACUCAAGCCACACACCCUCUGUCGACCCUCCCAGCCCCGUCUACCAGCAACCCGAGACUUCUGUCAAGCCAGAGCCCAUCGAACUCCCGGAGCAAAUGCGUAUGCCUGAGGAGCCUAUGGUGACCUUUUCACCUGAGACCGGAACCUUCAAGACGUUCCCAUCACCCAUUCGCGACAAUGUUCGACCCCGACGAACUGAUUCUUUCACACUUUCUGAACUGAAGAGCUCGCAGGUCGACGCCUUGAACGGGAUGCGCACCUCAACUGCCUCUUCCAGUCGCCAUGCGGACUCCACUACCCCAACCGCUCCCCCAUUGCCACUCAAGGCCGCCCCUAGCUCAACAACAGAAUCUCUUGCUCGCGAAACCAACGAGAGCAGAACUGGUAGACGCACUGAACGGAGUGCCUACGGGCCUACCCUCGCAAGCACAAAACGGGUCCCUCUCCGCGAAGCCGCUGGGUCUCAGAACGCUGCCUUUGUUUCGGAUACACCUAUCAACCGAGAGGAAGCUCUGGCCAAAAUCCGAGAGCGCCGCGGCCGAGCACGCAGCAAGGUCCGCUCAGUGAGUGCGGCCGAGCCUUCCGGACGGCCAGUGGGAUCCAUUGGCAGCACCGGCGCAGCCGCAACCCGUGGUCCCCGUCGCAUUCCGAACCUUCGACCGGAUAGCAAGAGCGAAGGUGAGCUGGGUGAGCGGAGGGACUUGAGCGCCCCCGUGCGCAUGUUCCGACGAUGA